AUGCUGAGAGCAGGAGGUGCUGCCGCCUCUCUUGCCCUGCUGCUGCUGCUGCCGCUGCUGUGCUGCUGCCACCUGUGCCACUCACUGCGGCCCCCAAAACUCUCCUCCUAUGCAAAAACAGAGGACAAGUUGUUAAAAAACCUCUUCAGAAACUACCAGAAAUGGGUUCGGCCAGUGGAGUACCUAAAUCAGACAGUCCGUGUGAAAUUUGGACUGGCCAUCUCCCAGCUUGUUGAUGUGGAUGAAAAAAAACAACUCAUGACAACCAACGUGUGGAUGAAAAAGGAGUGGCUUGACAUGAAGCUCAGAUGGAACCCUGAUGAUUACCUGGGCAUCACAACUAUCCGAGUCCCCUCUGAUACCAUCUGGCUCCCUGACAUUGUGCUAUAUGAUAAUUCAGAUGGGCGUUUUGAGGGUACUGUCACCAAGGCUGUUGUUAAGUACGAUGGCACCAUAACAUGGACACCACCAGCCAAUUACAAGUCAGCCUGCACCAUCGAUGUCACGUUCUUCCCCUUUGACCUCCAGAACUGUUCCAUGAAGUUCGGUUCCUGGACCUACGACGGCUCCCAGGUGGACAUCCUGCUGGAGGACGUCCAUGUGGACAAGCGGGACUAUUUUGAUAAUGGUGAAUGGGAGAUAGUGAAGGCCACAGGCAGUCGUGGUCUAAGGAUGGAUGGCAGUUCAACCUAUCCCACCAUUACCUACUCCUUCAUCAUCCGCAGAUUGCCACUCUUCUACACCCUCUUCCUCAUCAUCCCCUGUAUUGGCCUGUCCUUCCUCACUAUCUUGGUCUUCUAUUUACCCUCCAAUGGCGGUGAGAAGAUCUCCCUCUGUACCUCUGUUCUGGUGUCCCUUACUGUUUUCCUCUUGGUCAUUGAGGAAAUUAUCCCUUCCUCCUCAAAGGUUAUCCCUCUCAUAGGGGAAUACCUGGUCUUCACUAUGAUCUUCGUUACGCUUUCGAUCAUCAUCACUGUUUUUGCCAUCAACAUCCACCAUCGCUCUUCUUCAACGCAUCAUGGCAUGGCACCCUGGGUGAGGCGGCUUUUCCUGCAUCGAUUGCCCAAGCUUCUGUGCAUGCGCAGCCAUGUGGAUCGCUACGCCACAGCUGGAGUGACCAAGGCAGGACAGGCAGGGCGAGGGGGAGCAGGAGGAGUGGUGGGAUUGGGCAUGAUGAAGGGCUCAGCACCAGAGUCAAAGCCUCUCUUCACCCGACAUAACCUGCAGGCAGCUUUGGACUCUAUUCGCUACAUAACCAUGCACGUUGUAAAGGAGAACGAGGUCAGAGAGGUGGUGCAAGACUGGAAGUUCGUAGCCCAAGUUCUGGACCGAAUGUUUCUGUGGGCCUUCCUCCUGGUGUCAAUCCUGGGCUCCAUUCUGCUCUUCAUUCCUGUUAUUUACAAAUGGGCCAACAUCAUUGUUCCCAACCAUGCUGGUAUGAGCAUAUAAAGACCAAAGUUCAAGUAACCACAAAUAUAGGCAAAGCACAUUAAGGGCUCACUAUGUGUCCUAUCUGAGGUAUUGCUCAUGUUUUAAAGGGAUUUCUACUCAGAUGUGGU